UGCCCCAUCAUAGGUGUCAGUGGGGGGAAUAGUGCCCCAUCAUUGCUGUCAGUGGGGGGAGGAAUAGUGCCCCAUCCUUGGUGUCAGUGGGGGGGGAGGAAUAGUGCCCCAUCCUUGGUGUCAGUGGGGGGAGGAAUAGUGCCCCAUCCUUGGUGUCAGUGGGGGGAGGAAUAG